GAAGAUCUCGGUCUCGGAUAGCGGGCUUGGAUGGGGACAGAACAUCUCGGCGACUCCGCUAUAAAACUUCGUUCUUGAAACUUCUUCGGCAUUUUAAUUUCUAGGGUUCGGAGAGGAAUCCCAGGCAAGGUGCCCUGGAUGUUGGAAUGGGAUCAACACCAACCGCUUUCAAAUAUAACAUUGAUACAUCUCUUCAUGCUCCACUGGCAACCAAACUCAUCUCAACCCAAUUCAACGGACACACUUGCUGCUUAUAAACCACCCAGAACAAUUUGAUAAUCCACCUGCGCUCCCAACCAACUCAUAACUUCUCAAAACCAACUUCAGGUAUAUACUCAGAGAUCACUAUGGAAAAUAUUCCUUACGGUCACGAAUCGCUUCUCUAUCACCAGCCGACAGCAUAUCACCAGUACAGUCACCCUUAUGAUAGGAAUGUCUUCGAACCCCUCAACCAGAGCUAUGGGCGUCGGCCCUUCCAACAUGAGGGGGGUAAGGCGACACGGAGGAGGAGAAAACCCAAGUGCCCCACGCAGCAGGUCCGACAGAGACAAGCAGCUAACCUGAGAGAGAGGAAGCGGAUGUCAUCCAUCAAUGAUGCCUUUGAAGGACUUAGGGAACACAUCCCCACGUUGCCUUACGAGAAGAGACUGUCUAAGGUGGACACCCUGAGGCUGGCUAUAGGGUACAUCAAUUUUCUGGCAGAGAUGAUCGAGAACGAGGGAGCUGACCUGGAGUCGCCAGCGACAAGUCCGGAAGAAAACCAGAAGAAAGUUAUCAUUUGCCACCGAGGAUCGCCGAUACCGCUUGAUAACGAGUUCGGCGUCACGCCCCUCGCCGGCCACUCCCUCUCAUGGAGCAAUGAAAAGCACUCGCAGCCAGCCCCAAACGGUACCAUGGUCGCCAAGGUAUGGACGCCGGAGGAUCCCCGACAGUCGUCGUCCAGUAGCUCUCCGAUGUCGACAGGAAGCAGCAGCAGCGAGCACUUCUCGCCGUCGGGUUCGUACGAUUAUGACGAACUUGAAGGCGUGACGACGUUGGCGGGACUCACGAUAGCUCAGCAACUCACCCCUAUUCAUCACCAUCUUGAAGAAAGAUGUCACUGAAAAUACACUUUUUUAGAUCCCAGAUUUUAAAAAUUCUAAAGAAAACAAUAAAUUUAUUGAGUUAAACAAGCAACUUUGCUAUUUUUAACUUCAUGAGAAAUGCAUUUUUUAUUAGAAAAUAAGCAGUAUAUUUGUAGCAACUCUAUGGACAAAACAGCCUAACAAAUUUGCUCAGUGACAUUUUUCGUCCCAUUUAAAAUAAGGGUUGCAAAAUAAAAUAUUCCAGUUUUGUUUCGUUUCUUUUAACUUUUCGAUGGGGUUCCUUCCGAUCAUAAACACAUUUACAAGAAGUGUACAAAUGUGGGAUUCCUUGACAAAAACAAAAUUAUAAUUAAGGGUGGCUGUUACAAGGGGACCCAAACAGUAAAGCAAGCUCCUAGAACACCGUAGAAAUAUGCUCCAAUUUAUUGCACUUUAAAUCAUCGGCUUGGUAUUGAUAAUCGUACGUCUUCCAAAUCUAUACGGAUAUCAAGCCCAAAUGAAGUGUUCCUUUUAUUUGUGGUUAGAAAUCACUUUGAAGGCGUACCCAACAAAGAAUAGAUCAAGGGGCAAACCCCCAUUAAAUGGUGGAAAAGUUUGAUCGUGCGUCAAUAAAUAUAUACCACUUUCAGCAUCUCUAGUGGGUCUAUAACCCUUGCGGAGCUGCAUGAGUACAAUACUACUCCUCCUUCCGAGGAGGGUCCACCCCCCUUGAUCAGUGUUUGGAUACGCCAUUGCAAAGUAAAUUAUAGUUAAUAGCAUUAUCUGAAUCGGUUCUAAGAUUAUAACAGUUUAAUUACAUGGACUCAUCUCCCCAAUGACACUUUUAAGGCUACAACUCUAUCUUACCAAAUAACUCGUUGUUUUCAUUAAACAUAAAUUGUAUCUGAACUUCAAAAUCAUUAAAAAUAAACUUGUAUUGAUCUAUGCACCAUGUGGGUUGCUUAGAGAUAUAUUGAAUCAUGUACAUGAACAUUUUGAGAGUAUAACCUAUUUAAUGCGAAAUGGUAUCUUUACUAAAUGUGCAUGCUUACAAUCAGAAAAUCAUAGUGAAAGAAGGUUUCCAAUAUCUUUCGCUGCAAAAUAAUAUUUCAACGGACCUCUACAAAUUAAGACCCCAACUCUGAAUAUAUUGAUAACUCAACUAUUUUGAAACGUACAGAAACUCUAUUGUGUUACGUUAGUUUAUGACUAACAAACUCGAUACCUUGUCAACUCGCCGAAACCAACUAAUUGACUUACAUCAUCAUAUCAUUGUGAUGUGCAUGUCUUCAAAAUAUUUUCUCAAUAUUUAUUCGUUGAAGUUAUGAGAAUCUUUUUAUUCUUAUUUUAUUUUCACGUCGUGCCUUCUUUGUAUAACAUGAUAUUUUUUCUUUGUUUAGAGAGUGAGUGUGGUAUUGUACAUAUGAAAACUGUUGUAUAUAACAAAUUAUGAUUAACUCAUACAUAUAUCAUUUUGUUGCUUGUUUGAAACUAUAUAUGUGUGAAUUGUGCGUACUAAUAUACGGUAUAGGCCCGAAAAUACCAGAACAAACUCACAAUGUUUUCAAAUUAAUUAUAAUCUGGAUACAUUUUAUGUGAUUAUAUUUUUAACUUACAUUCUUUAACUUUCAAGCAUUAAUCUUAGCGGAAUUUGAAUAACGCAAAGUUUAAUACGGAAUAUGGAUAUCUAAUUGGACUAUAAUGGUAUUACAAAUAUGGGUUUUAAUAUCAUUGCAAUUGUUAAGAAUGCCUAAUAAGUAUAUCUAAGCAUCUUGAUCAAAAUUCCACGACACAUUCAGCUUCAAAAAUAGCUUAUAGAAUUCACAAAUUAAGACAAAUAUUUAAAAGUAGGCUGACCGUUUGUAAAGCAUGUAAUGAUUUUUCUUUUCGUUCGUAAGUUUCUGGUCGGAAAAGUGUGCAAUAUUACUUUUUGUUUUGUAAGAUAUAAGAUACUAAAAAAAAGGGAAAUCGAAACGAAUGUAUAUACGUCUUAAUGUAAACAUACAUUUCUCUAUUUUACUGAAUAACUCUAUUGCUGAUUUUCGAGACAUUCCAUUAUUUUCGGAUACAUUCCAAAGCUGCAAAUGAGAUAUUGAAAUCAAUUAUUUCGUGUUUCUAAGAUGAAAUUCCCAUGUAGGGACCAUCUUUAGGAUUAUUUCGAUUACUUUUAUUUAAAAUUAUAUCGUGUAAAACAUUCCAGAUAGACCAUAUCUUGUUCAUAUAUGUCGGGUUUCUGUUAUUUUUGCUUUGAUUUUAUUCAUGAACAUCACCUGAUUUGUUUUUAUAUAUAUAUAUAUAUAUAUAUAUAUAUAUUAACUCAAUUCGCGUUCACGUGGAAAGACCAAAUUAUAUCGUUUUCUAUUGUAAAGCAACUUUUUCGAAUCAUGAAUGAAAAAUAAAUCUCACUUUCAACUUA